AACUUUUUCGAGUCUGAGCAAAGGAACAGUCCCCUAACCCGGAGCCAUGGCCAAGCUUCGUAGACCUAAGCCCGAAGACCCUAAGCCAGCUCACUCCGGCGCCGUUGUCCGCCACCAAAGCUUUGCCUCUCCAUUGACACGAACCUUCGUCGUCUAUGGUUACACCGAGCUUGAAAGAGGUACCGAUAUCGGCAUCGUUGGAUUACACGCGGAGAAUUUAGGGAUUGAGAGUGUGCUCGUAGAUGGGGAAUCGACGGAUUUCGAGUAUUAUCCUCAUAAUCUGGGCGUCGAUAGUGAAAAACGGUGGGCCUCAGCUGUGUCUUCUCCGAGUUCAGCUGCAGAUGUUGCUGCUGCUGCUUACGUUACGGCACUGGAGACAGAAAUGGUUCCUAACUUGCUUAUCAAUUGUUGCAAUAGGAUGCAAGUUGAGCAAAUUAAUACGGAGUCUAAUGGAGCACAAACAGCUGCUUAUGCCAAGCAGAAUGUGAAAUCUGUUCGUGUUAACUAUUGGGUAGAGAAAAUGGAGUCAGGGAUUCACUUUAAGGAUAAUAUAGUACACACUGAUAAUCAAAUAAGGCGUGCUCGGUGUUGGUUUCCUUGUAUUGAUGACAAUAAUCAGCGAUGCUGCUUUGAUCUGGAGUUUACGGUAGCCCACAAUCUUGUAGCUGUCAGCAAUGGGAGCUUACUAUAUCAGGUAUUGAGCAAAGACGACCCUCCCCGCAAGACAUAUGUCUACAGAUUAGAUGUUCCUGUUACUGCUCAGUGGAUAUCCUUAGCAGUUGGACCAUUUGAAAUCCUCCCUGAUCAGCAAAACGGUCUCAUUUCACAUAUGUGUUUACCACCUAAUUUGCCAAAGCUACGUCACACGGUGGAGUUUUUUCAUAACGCAUUCAGUGAGUAUGAACACUAUCUUGAUGCGAAAUUUCCAUUUGGGACAUACAAGCAAGUUUUUCUGGCUCCUGAAAUGGCAAUAUCCUCCUCAACUUUUGGAGCCUCCUUGUGCAUUCUUACCUCUCAGGUUUUAUUUGAUGAGAAGGUCAUUGACCAGACAAUAGAUACAUGCAUCAAACUUGCUUUCGCUCUUUCAAGACAGUGGUUUGGGGUAUAUAUUACUCCUGAGGCACCAAAUGAUGAGUGGCUGCUGGAUGGUCUUGCUGGUUUUUUGACAGAUUUGUUUAUCAAGAAAUUUUUGGGGAAUAAUGAGGCACGUUAUCGACGAUACAAGGCAAACUGUGCUGUCUGCAGAGCAGAUGAUAGCGGUGCAACAGCUUUGAGUUCCUCGUCUUCUUGCAAGGAUUUGUAUGGAACCCAUUCCAUUGGUUUGCUUGGAAAAAUACGAUCAUGGAAGUCUGUCGCGAUUCUUCAGAUGUUAGAAAAGCAGAUGGGACCCGACUUCUUCAAAAAGAUUCUGCAAGCAAUAAUUUCUCGUGCACAAAGUACAAACUGUGCUGUGAGGUCUCUUAGUACAAAGAGCUUUCUAUUAAUUGCUUUUCUGGUUGUCAUAACAUCCACAAUGGAACUGCUGCUAUUUGAUUUGUUCCGUCAUUUUGCUAACAAAAUUGGAAAUCUGGAGCGUCCGUUUCUGAAAGAAUUUUUUCCUCGGUGGGUGGGAUUCUAUGGAUGUCCGGUGCUCAGGAUGGGGUUUUCCUACAACAAGCGGAAAAAUAUCAUUGAGUUGGCAGUUCUGCGCGAAUGCACAGCUACAAUUGAUUCAAGUGUAUCGGUUCUGAAUGCUAAACCUGAUUCUGAAAACCGAGAUGGUGAUAUCGGGUGGCCUGGGGUUAUGACUGUGAGGGUUUAUGAGCUUGAUGGCAUGUCUGAUCAUCCAGAUCUUCCAAUGGCUGGAGAUGCAUGGCAGCUGCUGGAAAUUGCAUGCCACUCAAAGCUUGCUGCUAGACGAUACCAGAAGCCUAAAAAAGGUUCAAAACCUGAUGGCUUGAUGAAUGGUGAUUUGCCUACAGCAGAUAUGCGUUCAAGUGUAGACUCUCCAUUGUUGUGGAUUAGGGCAGAUCCUGAGAUGGAAUAUCUAACUGAAAUUCAUUUUAAUCAACCUGUGCAGAUGUGGAUUAAUCAGUUAGAGAAGGAUGAAGAUGUUGUAGCUCAGGCACAAGCGAUCACAUCACUAGAAUCUUUACCAGAGCUUUCAUUUCCUGUUCUCAAGGCACUGAAUAACUUCCUGACUGACACAAAGGCCUUCUGGAGGGUUCGAAUUGAGGCAGCAUUUGCAUUGGCUAGUACAUCUUCUGAGGAAACUGAUAUGGCUGGUUUGCAACAUCUGGUGAAGUUUUAUAAAAGUCGAAGGUUUGACACUGAUAUUGGAUUACCAAAACCCAAUGACUUCUCAGAUUUUCCAGAGUACUUUGUUCUUGAGGCCAUUCCGCAUGCCAUAGCCACGAUAAGAGCUGCAGACGAGAAAAGCCCAAGAGAAGCCGUUGAGUUUAUUCUGCAACUUUUGAAGUAUAACGAUAAUAACGAGAAUACUUACUCGGAUGUAUUCUGGCUUGCUGCAUUAGUUCAGUCAGUUGGUGAACUUGAAUUUGGGCAACAGAGUAUUCACUUCUUAUCUUCUUUUCUCAAGCGCAUUGAUCGGCUUUUGCAGUUCGACAGGUUGAUGCCCAGUUACAAUGGGGUAUUGACAAUCAGUUGCAUCCGGACCUUGGCACAGAUUGCAUUAAAGCUUUCUGGAUUCAUCCAUCUAGAUCAUGUCUUUGAACUAAUUAAACCAUUUCGAGAUUUCAAGACCAUCUGGCAAGUCCGAAUAGAAGCAAGCAGAGCUUUGCUUGAUCUUGAGUUUCAUUGCAAUGGCAUCAAUGCGGCAUUGUUGUUGUUUAUCAAGUAUAUAGAGGAAGAGCCUUCUUUAAGAGGUCAGGUAAAGUUAGGUGUCCAUGCUCUGCGAUUAUGUCAGAUACAAGGUGGAUCGGUUUCUAGAGAGGAUAUCAAGGCAGAAGCCCUUGUGGGUUUGCUUAAGCUUUUAGAAAGUCGCAUAGCAUUCAAUAAUGUAUUCUUCCGGCACUACAUAUUCUGCAUUUUACAAGUUCUUGCAGGAAGAUCCCCGACAUUAUAUGGAGUGCCGAAAGAUAAGUUACCGUGUAUGGGUAACGUGGAGGUUUGCAAUGAGCAGAGGAACAAUUCUGCUGCUCUUGUUACAGAGAUAAAACCUCCUCAACCUCCCAUGGACAAUCUGAAUCAUUCGCAUGACAAUUUGGCAAUUCCAGAAGCUCCAAAGGAAGUAGAUACGGUUUCCAACAGUCAUGAGAAAACCAGUCAUGAGAGGAAGACGGCUGUUGUUAAGAUAAGGGUCAAACAGUCGGGGACAACUAGUAAAGCAGAGGAAAGAUCUGAAGGAAGGCAUCAUGAUGCCGAUCGGGGCGCAACCAGUUCGGUUUCUGUGGAUGCACCCCAGAGAAACUCAGCCGAGGCUGUGAGCAUUAGCAACCAAAAUGUUGAAGAAGUCAACUCGUUUCAUGAUCAUGGUUCUCGGAUUACUGCUAGCAUUGGGAGUGCGAAAAUUGCGAGUGAAGAUGACAACUUUGGUAAGGAGCUUCAGUGUACUGCCGAUUCGGGUAAGGCGUCCGUGCACCAUCAGCCUGAUGAUCCCUCAUUACCAAGCACCAUUCAAGAUAACUACAUAGAUGCCGAAGCAAAAAAGUAUGCAAGUUUACAAACACUAUCAGUUUCCAGGGACGAUGCACCUUCAUCACGGGGGAAGGACGGGAGGAAGUCGUCAAAGAAGAAGAAGAAGAAAGAAAAGGAAAAGAAAAGGAAAGGUGAAGAGCAUAAAGGAGAGCGAGAUGAUCCGGAGUAUCUGGAGAAGAAGCGAUUGAAGAAGGAGAAGAAACAGAAGGAAAAGGAGAUGGCAAAGCUACUGAGUGAAGCGAAGGCACCCUCAACCGAGUUAAGAAGUAAGAAAGAGGAAAACAUAGAGUUGCCUGGUAACAAACAGGAAGUGGAUAAUGCGAAUUCGAGUGGACCGAACAAGGCAGUGAUCCCAAAGUUGGAAACGAGGACCGAGCCAACUCAAGCAACUCCUGCUCCCAAAUUCCGAAUCAAGAUUAAGAACAAGACAUUGAAUAAAUCUUAGGCGUUUGUC